ACUCCUGGACUCGUGACUCCGCCGAGGCGCCUUGAGGCGGCGGGCGGAGGGCGCUUCCUGCCCCGGCGGGCUGGCGGGGCGCGCUCCCCCGACCCCUCGCUCGCCCGGUGAAAUUCCGUGUCGUUCUCGGAGCGAGUCGCCUGAAAAGUGUUGACACUGUUGUGAAAACACAGCGGAACCGCGAUUCGUGCGGCUGCGAGCAUAAGGAUACUUGUGAAAGAUGGUGGAUCGCUUGGCAAACAGCGAGGCAAAUACUAGAAGAAUAAGUAUAGUGGAAAACUGCUUUGGAGCAGCUGGUCAACCCCUGACUAUUCCUGGCCGUGUUCUGAUUGGAGAAGGAGUCCUAACAAAACUGUGUAGGAAGAAGCCCAAAGCAAGGCAGUUUUUCCUGUUCAAUGACAUUCUUGUUUAUGGUAACAUCGUCAUCCAGAAGAAGAAAUACAACAAACAGCACAUAAUCCCACUGGAAAACGUCACUAUUGAUUCCAUCCAGGAUGAGGGGGACUUACGGAAUGGGUGGCUUAUCAAGACACCAACAAAGUCUUUUGCGGUUUAUGCUGCCACUGCUACAGAGAAGUCAGAGUGGAUGAACCACAUAAAUAAGUGUGUUUCUGAUUUGCUUUCCAAAAGUGGGAAGACCCCUAGCAAUGAACACGCAGCUGUGUGGGUACCGGACUCGGAAGCCACGGUGUGCAUGCGCUGUCAGAAGGCCAAGUUCACGCCCGUCAAUCGCCGUCACCACUGCCGCAAGUGCGGCUUCGUCGUGUGCGGGCCCUGCUCGGAAAAGAGGUUCCUGCUCCCCAGCCAGUCCUCCAAGCCGGUGAGAAUCUGCGACUUCUGCUACGAUCUUCUUUCCACGGGGGAGAUGGCUGCUUGUCAGUCCACUCGGUCAGACUCCUACAGCCAGUCGCCUAAGUCAUCUUUAAAUGAUGUAUCUGAUGAUGAUGAUGAUGAAGACAGUAGCGAUUAAGGACCAAAUGUUUUUCCAUGUGUUGCAAGCUGUGUUUCAAACCAUAUGGAGCUGCUUUUGGGGAAGUCUGUAGUGAGGUUCCUCAGAGAAAUCCUGUUCUAGCCAUGAAAUAUGCCUGAAUAUCUUCAACUGCAAUGUGCCUCAAUCUAUGAAUUCUCUAGACAAUAGUUGGGUUUUUUUCUCCUCUGCAGGGAUAGACUGGUGCAAAUGUUAUUAGAAUAUUUUCCAACUUCAUUUACUUGAGUUGUGUCUAGGUUAGACUUUCAUGGAAGAUUGGAGAAUGAAAUGUACUUUCUUAAUUUAACAAUCCAUACUUUGUAAUGUUUCACAUUGGUAUGUUAUGUGGGGUUUUUUUAGAACCAGGGAGGAAAACUGUGAGCAUGCACGGGAUGGUGAUGUUUUUGUUAAUCAUGUAGACUGUCUUAUUUUUCUAGCCAUGGUAUAUAAUUAAUUACAAGGUCAUCCAAUGCACAAACCUAAAUGUCACAAAACUUGGGAACUCUUGUUUUGCUGUUACUUAUGACUUCCUAUGCCAAGCAGUGCCUUGUACCAGUUGUGCUGAUUCAGGAAGAAACAAACCUGUUUUUUGUCUGUAUUUGCCUAAAUGCUGGUAUCUGAGAGAUUGUUGGUGCUAUUGAAAAUAACUGCUGUGUUCAAAGUGGAGCUUUGACAAGAUCAUAACUGCACCCCAUGCUGGGUGAUGGACACCCAAAUGUUACGUCCUCACCUGUGCAGGCAGGCCUGAAGACUCUGCAGAUUCCCACAGGCUUCAGCAGCUUCCUCCUUGCAGAAGUUGUGUUGUAGGUUGGGAUCUUGAGAUGAGAAAGUUAAGGAGAUUCUUCAUGGGGAUUUAUAUACUUUAUUUUCAGAACGGUUUCUAAGUUUCAAAUUUGGCAAAUGCAUAUUGAAAUUUUAGUUGGGUGAUACAGCAUUUGGGUGUGCUAGCCUACAUAUUUUUGGAAGUAAUUCCCAAAGAUGUCACAAGUUUUUUUCUUAAAACACUGGUGAGAGUGCUGGGUUUUUUCCUUCCCCCCAGGAGUUUUAUUGGCUUGUAUAAAAAUAACCUCAUAUUUUGAACAAGAAGCCUGCAAGUAUCUUUGUAAAACUGGCUUUCCUUUUUACACAGCUGACCUCAGGAUAAACAUGUGAUGCAAGUUCAUUUUAAAUGUAUACCCAGGACCAAGAAAGAUAUAUUUAAGGACUAUCAUGAAAUUGUCAGUGCAGAAAAUGUCUCUAUCACAGUGUUCACUUUAAUUUCUUGAACAUAGAAGUGUCAUGUUCCCAUAUAACUGUAGAAUUUACACUUGCAAAGACAUGUUAAACCCCCAGCUAUAUGUUUCUGUAUUUUUAUAAUGAUAACCUCAAUUUUGAAGCAGAAAAACCUCUUUGAAGUACUUGUAUGGAUAUAGUAGCAACUGACUUUAUACAAAAAAUUGUUAAACUUUUGUAUCUAUAAAUGACAAUUUCUGCACUGUUUGCCUUGGUUGGCAAUAAUUGGGUUAAGUAUUUAUUGAAUAAACAAUCAAUGCUG